UCCGGGGUUGCACAGCAACUGUUUCCGUGUUCACCUUCGACAACAUGGCGGCGCCCGUCGGCCUCCACCUGGAGUUUCGAGGUGGUGCUGAGCUGCUCUUCAAUGGAGUGAAGGAGCAACAUGUCACAUUGCCCAGCCAGUCAACACCAUGGGAUAUUCGGCAGCUUCUGAUAUGGAUCAAAAACAACUUGCUCAAAGAGCGGCCGGAGCUUUUCAUUCAAGGUGACUCUGUGAGGCCUGGUAUCCUGGUUCUGGUCAACGAUGCCGACUGGGAAUUAAUGGGCCAGUUGGAUUAUAAACUGGAGAACCGAGACAACGUCGUUUUUAUAUCAACAUUGCACGGCGGCUAACGAAACAGUUUGUUUCUGUAAUUUGUUAAACGAAAAAGAAAGCGACCAGAAGCUUCUCUGAAACACCAUUUAACCGUGUAUUAAAGCGAUGGCAGCAUUAUUCGCGACGCUAUCCGAAUCUGCUGUUUGUAAUAUACAGGCGGUUUGACCCGCGGUGCAUUAGGAUUACAAAUGAGACUGAGAACAUCACUGUUCAUGUAAAGAUGGUGAACUGUAAAAUAAAAUAAGCUCCUCUGAUCCUUAAAAUCCUUAAUCCCUAUUUAAAAGCAAAGUGGUUGUGAUAAUAUUACUUUGACAAUAACGUUACAGAUUUUAACGCCCUGUAGUCAAUUUCCGCCCGUUUCAAACGUUGCUUUUUUUUUGGUCAACGACUGUAAUUUUCUCCGAAGUAAAUUGAUAUGAAAUCA